AAAAACACAUCAAAUCUGUAUACAAACCACCGCCACCACCGUCGGACUUGAAGGAAAAGAGAGAGAGAGAGAGGAACCAACUACCGCCACUGCUGCCACCACCACCGACGCCCAAAUUGUCGUCUCCUUUCCCCGAUUCUAUCCCCCUGUUCCUCUCUCCCCAAAUUUCUGUUACACUACCGACCACCACCUACAGUCAACGAAACCACACUCUUGUACUCCAUUUACACCUCAAAUUACUCCCGAAACUUUCAGAUCCUUAAAUUUUUGAUAGCUCAUACUUCUCUCUCCCCUGAUUACUUCUCUCUUUGAUGCACACCCUAAUAUUGGUAUCAAUAAAGAUUCUUCUUUUCUUCAUUUCAAUUUCAAUUUCGUUUCUGCAUCACCAUCCUUAUCGCUCCCCAGAGAAAAAAAAUUGGGCAAAGAGAUCACCUGAAUGCACGAAACACCAGUGAAUUGGAUCGGCAAAGAAGGACUUCAAGGAAUCACCUUGCGACGGCGAGAAAGGCGACUGUGGGACGACGACAACCAUGGCAUCAGACUGGCGACGGUGAUGUGGGGGUGGGCGUCGGUGGUGGCGUUGCUCUUUGCCAUUGUGCAGAUAUGGGGAAGAGAGAGAAGGAAUAUACAUAGUGCAAUGGUGUUCAGUACCAUGAUCAGGGUUUGAUAAUUGUCAAGAAAGUGCGAAAUUUUGGCGAUUCUGUAUUUCUUUUUUAGGAUUUGAAACAAUUAGCAAUGGGGUGGUUUAGAGCUGGGUCUAGUAUCGCUAAGCUUGCCGUUAGGAGGACACUAUCACAGGGAGGAUCCUAUGCGGCAAGAUCGCGGGCCAUCCAGGCCCAAAAUCGUUAUUUCCACACAACCCUUUGUAAAUCCAAGGCACAAGAGGCACCUGUUCCCCGCCCUGUGCCUCUCUCUAAGUUAACUGACAGCUUCCUAGACGGGACUAGCAGUGUCUACCUUGAAGAGCUCCAGAGGGCUUGGGAGGAAGAUCCCAAUAGUGUUGACGAAUCAUGGGACAACUUUUUCAGAAACUUUGUUGGUCAGGCAGCCACGUUGCCUGGAAUUUCGGGCCAGACCAUUCAAGAGAGCAUGCGGUUGUUGUUGCUUGUGAGGGCUUACCAAGUUUAUGGUCACAUGAAAGCCAAGUUGGAUCCAUUGAGUUUGGAGGAGAGGGAAAUUCCGGACGACUUAGACCCAGCCCUUUAUGGGUUCACAGAAGCCGAUCUUGAUAGGGAGUUCUUCGUAGGAGUGUGGAGGAUGUCUGGGUUUUUGUCCGAAAACCGUCCAGUGCAAACCCUGAGAGCAAUAUUGACCCGGCUUGAGCAGGCUUAUUGUGGGACCAUUGGGUAUGAAUACAUGCACAUCGCGGAUCGCGAGAAAUGUAACUGGUUGAGAGACAAGAUUGAGACGCCAACACCAAUGCAGUACAAUCGGCAGCGGCGCGAGGUUAUGCUUGAUCGUCUCAUAUGGAGCUCGCAGUUUGAGAACUUUUUGGCAGCUAAGUGGACUGCAGCAAAGAGAUUUGGUCUAGAGGGGGGUGAGACUUUAAUUCCUGGAAUGAAGGAGAUGUUUGACAGGGCAGCUGAUCUUGGGGUUGAGAGCAUUGUCAUUGGAAUGUCUCAUAGAGGAAGGUUGAAUGUUUUGGGUAACGUCGUUCGGAAACCACUUCAGCAGAUAUUUAGUGAAUUCAGUGGGGGCACAAGGCCUGUGGAUGAAGUUGGUCUUUACACAGGCACUGGUGAUGUCAAGUAUCACUUGGGUACUUCUUAUGAUAGGCCAACUAGGGGUGGGAAGAGGCUUCACUUGUCUUUGGUUGCAAACCCAAGUCAUUUGGAAGCUGUAGAUCCAGUUGUUGUUGGGAAAACUAGAGCUAAACAGUAUUACUCCCACGAUGGGGAUAGGACAAAGAAUAUAGGAGUUUUAAUUCAUGGGGAUGGUAGCUUUGCAGGGCAGGGUGUUGUAUAUGAGACGCUUCAUCUUAGUGCACUUCCGAAUUACACUACCGGGGGGACUAUACACAUUGUGGUGAAUAAUCAAGUUGCCUUCACUACGGAUCCAAGGGCUGGAAGAUCUUCUCAGUAUUGUACUGAUGUUGCCAAAGCGUUGAAUGCCCCCAUCUUUCACGUCAAUGGCGAUGAUUUGGAAGCAGUUGUUCACGUUUGUGAACUUGCAGCAGAGUGGCGCCAGACAUUCCAUUCGGAUGUUGUGGUCGACAUAGUGUGUUACCGUAGAUUUGGUCACAAUGAGAUUGAUGAACCGUCUUUCACGCAGCCCAAAAUGUACAAGGUCAUCCGGGAGCACCCCUCAGCGCUACAAAUUUACGAACAGAAACUUUUAGAAUCUGGUCAGGUGACAAAGGAAGACAUUGAUAAGUUGCAUGACAAGGUCAAUAGAAUUCUUAACGAAGAAUACAUGGCCAGCAAAGAUUAUGUGCCUAAAAGAAGGGACUGGCUUUCAGCUUUUUGGGCAGGAUACAAGUCUCCAGAACAGAUUUCGCGUGUCCGAAACACUGGAGUCAAGCCAGAGAUUUUGAAGACUGUUGGCAAAGCAAUCACUACCCUUCCGGAAAAUUUUAAGCCUCACAAAGGAGUGAAGAAGAUUUUUGGAGAGCGUGCUAAGAUGAUUGAAACAGGGGAAGGAGUUGAUUGGGCAGUCGCUGAAGCACUUGCUUUUGCCACAUUACUUGUUGAGGGAAAUCAUGUCAGGUUAAGUGGUCAAGAUGUUGAGAGAGGUACGUUUAGUCACAGGCAUUCUGUACUUCAUGAUCAGGAAAGUGGGGAGAUAUACUGUCCUUUGGACCAUGUUGUCAUGAACCAAGAUCCAGAGAUGUUUACUGUCAGCAACAGCUCUCUUUCUGAAUUUGGUGUUCUGGGAUUUGAAUUGGGUUAUUCGAUGGAAAAUCCAAAUGCGCUGGUAAUGUGGGAAGCCCAAUUUGGUGAUUUUGCUAAUGGAGCUCAGGUGAUAUUCGACCAGUUCGUGAGUAGUGGGGAGGCCAAGUGGUUGCGUCAAACUGGGCUUGUUGUCUUGCUACCUCAUGGUUAUGAUGGCCAAGGCCCUGAACAUUCAAGUGCACGGUUGGAGCGAUUCCUUCAGAUGAGUGAUGAUAAUCCUUAUGUAAUACCAGAAAUGGAUCCAACGCUCAGAAAGCAAAUCCAAGAAUGCAAUUGGCAAGUUGUGAAUGUGACAACUCCAGCAAAUUAUUUCCAUGUGCUCCGGCGUCAAAUACAUAGGGAAUUCCGUAAACCUCUGAUUGUGAUGUCUCCAAAGAACUUGCUUCGACACAAGGAAUGCAAAUCAAAUCUGUCUGAAUUUGAUGAUGUCCAAGGCCACCCAGGUUUUGACAAGCAGGGCACCAGAUUUAAGCGUCUCAUAAAGGAUCAGAAUGACCACUCAGAUCUUGAAGAGAAUAUCAGACGUCUAGUUCUUUGUUCCGGAAAGGUUUACUAUGAGCUUGAUGAGAAGAGGAGGAAAGUCGAUGGCAAGGACGUCGCAAUAUGUAGGGUGGAACAGCUUUGCCCCUUCCCGUAUGACCUCGUUCAGCGUGAGCUGAAGCGAUAUCCAAAUGCGGAGGUUGUCUGGUGCCAGGAAGAGCCAAUGAACAUGGGCGCCUAUCAGUAUAUAGCACCACGCCUUGGCACCACAAUGAAAGCACUUGGCAGGGGUGGUACGGACGACGUGAAAUAUGUUGGACGUGCUCCUUCUGCUGCCACAGCCACCGGGUUUCAGCAACACCACGUGAAGGAGCAGACCGAACUGGUUCAGAAAGCCUUGCAGCCUGAACCCAUCAAUUAUCCAUUCUAAACCCCUUCCCUACCGAUCAAAACCUGUUUUUUCAUUUACUGAUUGGUGGAUGAAAGAUUGUGUUGCAAUCUGAAACUUUUCUAGCUGGAGAAGAGACAAUAAACCGGGUUUAUUUUAUUUUAUUGUGUUAGAUUCCUUGUUUGCUCGUUUUGGCACAAGCUGAGAAUCGGUAAUUUACCGUUUAGAACAUGAUAUCAUAGAAUAAAAUUUUGAUGAAAUUCAUUUAAAA